UCCCGCCCCACCCCCAUCCCCAGUGCAAGUAACAGGUAGGCAAGCUCGCAGAGACUACUCGGAGGGAGACCUGUGAGCAGCAAACAGGUUUGAGCCUGGAAAAGACGAAGAAAAGUAAAAGAUUGAAGGGAAUUCUUUUUCCACCUUAUUAGGAGAGCACAGCUCACUGCGCCUCUCCAGCAGACUGGUUGGCACCCGAUCCUACUCCGGCUUCAGCCACCAUCCCCACCCCCAUUUGGCAUCAGCUUGGGACCCAGCUCCAGCACUCAGUCUGCCCAAUUGCAUCCUCCCUUCCUGAUCCUGUCGCACCAGUUCCUGCUCUGGGAUCCAGUAUUCGGACCCCGUAAGCCAUGGCUGGUUCCUUCUCUCGUCUGCUGUCUGCCCGCCCCGGGCUCAGGCUCCUGGCUUUGGCCGGAGCCGGAUCCCUAGCUGCUGGAUUUCUGCUCCGCCCGGAACCUGUACGAGCUGCCAGUGAACGACGAAGGCUGUAUCCCCCAAGCGCUGAGUACCCAGACCUCCGAAAGCACAACAACUGCAUGGCCAGUCACCUGACCCCAGCAGUCUAUGCACGGCUCUGCGACAAGACCACACCCACGGGUUGGACGCUAGAUCAGUGCAUCCAGACUGGCGUGGACAACCCUGGCCACCCCUUCAUCAAGACUGUGGGCAUGGUGGCUGGAGAUGAGGAGACCUAUGAGAUAUUUGCUGACCUGUUUGACCCAGUGAUUCAAGAGCGACACAAUGGAUAUGAUCCCAGAACAAUGAAGCACACCACUGACCUGGAUGCCAGUAAGAUUCGUUCUGGCUACUUUGAUGAGAGGUAUGUAUUGUCCUCAAGAGUCAGAACUGGCCGAAGUAUCCGGGGACUCAGUCUGCCUCCAGCCUGCACUCGGGCAGAGCGGCGAGAGGUGGAACGCGUUGUGGUAGAUGCACUGAGUGGCCUGAAGGGUGACCUGGCUGGACGUUACUAUAGGCUCAGUGAGAUGACAGAGGCUGAGCAGCAGCAGCUUAUUGAUGACCACUUUCUAUUUGAUAAGCCUGUGUCCCCAUUACUGACUGCAGCAGGAAUGGCUCGAGACUGGCCAGAUGCUCGUGGAAUCUGGCACAACAAUGAGAAGAGCUUCUUGAUUUGGGUGAAUGAGGAGGAUCAUACACGAGUAAUCUCCAUGGAAAAGGGUGGCAACAUGAAGAGAGUGUUUGAAAGAUUCUGCCGGGGCCUCAAAGAGGUGGAACGGCUAAUCCAGGAGCGUGGCUGGGAAUUCAUGUGGAAUGAGCGUUUGGGAUACAUCUUGACCUGUCCAUCUAACCUGGGCACUGGACUUCGGGCUGGAGUGCACAUCAAACUGCCCCUGCUAAGCAAAGAUAGCCGCUUUCCAAAGAUCCUAGAGAACCUAAGACUUCAGAAGCGUGGGACUGGAGGAGUAGACACUGCUGCCACAGGCAGUGUCUUUGACAUCUCUAAUUUGGAUCGACUGGGCAAGUCAGAGGUGGAGCUGGUGCAACUGGUCAUCGAUGGAGUAAACUAUUUGAUUGACUGUGAACGGCGUCUGGAGAGAGGCCAGGAUAUCCGCAUCCCUGCACCUCUCAUCCAAAACAAACAUUAAUUCCCUAUCUCUGGCAGAUGAUUCAAGAUCCCCAGGACUUCUUCCCAUUUAAUGGUGACCCAUUCUACUUGUCCUUAUCCUGUCUCAACCUCCAGCCCCCAUCUUAGUAAAGACUCCUUGCUAUGCUUCA